GUGCAAGAUUCUCGCCCUUGCGGACGCCCAUGGCCACAAUCACAACUUUUUGCUUCAAUGUUGCCAUUUGGAAUAAAAUAUAUAAAAUAGUAAAAAUUCAGAGUUUUGUGAAUUACCGUGUUUAUUUUGCAGACAUACCUUGACUUUAAAUUGCAGAGAUGUGACACCAGGAGCUGUGUGCUCCAUGAUUGAGUAGAAAGUGGCAGAACCAAUGCAUCAUCGCUGGGAGCCUUUCAGAGAUUUCCUGUCUAUCAGUCACCUCAGCCUGAUACUUUCAUUUCUCCUGUCCAUCUUCAUCUCCCGUGGUUCUACCAGUAAGUAUCAACUGGCCACAAACCUUUCCACAGAUCUUGUGUUCCUGUCUAAUGUGCACCUGGAUUCCGACUUUGUCACCUGUGUGUUUGCUCCUUAGGAUGUGGGACAUAUGAGGGUUUUUUUGCUGACAGCCUCAAUAGCAGAUUGUCUACUAGCACUUCAUUCCCAUGGCUCGUGUCUCUGCGCGGUCUGAAUAGAUCUCAUCUUGCAGUGGGAACCAUAAUCAGCAGUUCGUGGAUUGUAAGCGCACCUUCCAGCCUACAUAUAAGGUUUGCUUUUCAGAGCUGUGAGCAAUGAUGUGAUGACUGAGAGGAUGCACAAAGCAGUAAUCUGUAUCACUGAAUAUGUUCUUGUACUCUAAUACCCAAAGCCUUUCCAGUACUCCAAUACCCAAAGCUAGUACAGUACCCCAAUACCUGGAGUCAUUCCAGUGCCUCAAUAUCUGGAGCAAUUCCAGUACCCCAAUAGCCAGAGCCAUACCAGUACCCCAAUCCCUGAAUUUAUUCCAGUACCCCAAUAUCCAAAGCCAUUCCAGUACCCCAAUCCCUGAAUUUAUUCCAGUACCCUAAUAUCCAAAGCCAUUCCAGUACCCCAAUCCCUGAAUUUAUUCCAGUACCCCAAUAUCCAAAGCCAUUCCAGUACCCCAAUAGCCAGAGCCAUUCCAGUACCCCAAUCCCUGAAUUUAUUCCAGUACCCCAAUAUCCAAAGCCAUUCCAGUACCCCAAUAGCCAGAGCCAUUCCAGUACCCCAAUACCUGGAGUCAUUCCAGUGCCUCAAUAUCUGGAGCAAUUCCAGUACCCCAAUAGCCAGAACCAUUCCAGUACUCCAAUCCCUGACUUUAUUCCAGUACUCCAAUAUCCAAAGCCAUUCCAGUACCCCAAUACCCAAAGCCAUUCCAAUACCCCAAUAGCCAAAGCCAUUCCAGUACCCCAAUAGCCAGAGCCAUUCCAGUACCCCAAUCCCUGACUUUAUUCCAAUACCCCAAUCCCUGAAUUUAUUCCAGUACCCCAAUAGCCAGAACCAUUCCAGUACUCCAAUCCCUGACUUUAUUCCAGUACCCCAAUAGCCAGAGCCAUUCCAGUACCCCAGUGAAAGGUGUGAUCUCAUACUUCGCUGACAAUCGGUAGGCCUGUUGCGAUUAAGAGCUGCUGUUUGUUGGUGGAGGGUUUAUGCUUAGAGAGUCAUAUAAAUAGCAAUUACAGGUGAUGGUUCUCCACCAGUUCCUGAGUGGGAUUUGGGCCUAAAACACAGACAGUAUUUUAGCUAUAAUGAAUCAGAUGACUAACUCUACAAUGAGAAGUGACGCAUGGAAAUAUUGUAGAUCUCAUCCUUGUUUCCCUCUCUUAAUUUAGACAUAAUCUGCAAGCUGUUGUGGGCAUCACCCAUCUGGGACCCCAGGAAAGCGAGAACCAAUACUAUCCCAUCCGUAAGGUCAUAGUUCAUCCAGAUUUUGAUGAGGUUCUCCUUGUUAAUGAUUUGCUGCUGCUGCUGACAGAGCAACAGAUUACAUUUGGGCAGUGGGUACAGCCAAUUUGCUUUCCUAAUCAGGAUCCGGAAAACAAUGCCUUCGCCAGCUGCCAGGUGUCUGGCUGGAGGGGACCAACUGCAGGAGGAUACCAACUAGAGCAGGUGAGGAGGCGAAGGUAUUUUAUAAUCUAUGGCACACUUUAAUCCUUUCAGAUAAAAUGUAAUGGACGUUUUCUGUAAUUAUACAGAGAGCCAAAAUUCAGAGUAAGGUUUGAGGAAUCAAUAAUUUUUUUAUUAAUGAACCAAUAUCAAUGGUAUUACACACAAUGACUGCUUAAGGUAUGGAGAAUUGUUUGACUAGGUACGGAAGAUGAUAUUUUUUAAAUGAGCUCCAUUUGCCGCCUCAUACAGUUUGGAUCGUUCGAUUAUAUUCUUCAUAACAUUAGUUAAUGUUUGAGGCUCUAACACCUGAAUUUCUGCAUGGAUAUUCUUUUGAGCUGCUCAAAUGUACGCGGUUUGUUCGCAUACACCUGCUCCUUCAACUAUCCCCACAGGAAAUAAUCGGGAGCUGAAAGGUCGGGCGAAUGUGGUGGCCAUUUAAUCUGGGAAUUUCUUGAAACUGUCCGCUGUCUAUGGGCAAUAGCCCCAACCUGUUGAAACCACAUAUUGAGACAAUUUUCCACUGCAGAAAACAUUUUCAAUCAUAUCCCAAUAUUUCACCAAUAAACUUCCACUAUUUUUAUUCGUUCCUUUGUGAAAUUACCCAUGAUGAAUCUUCCAAGACACAGUUAUAUGUACCUGUGACGAAGUGCCCUUCGCCACCUGUGCCUGGAGAGGACUGCUUGCCCGCCUCUUGCCCUGUGACUAUGGCCCCUGGGAUGUAUUGCCCUUUAAAGACAUGAUUUGGGCAUAAUGGAUUUGUGUUGUGCUGCUGCUGGCCCUUUAAGAACCAUCUGGGGACAUACUGUGGAGUUACUGGGUGGCCACCAUUUCCUGUAUCAGAAGCACAUGGUGAGAACAAUGGAUGGCGGCCAUUUUAACUCACAGACACUGUUUGGACUUUUCAACACGGUGCCAUCUCGCCAGUAUUUGGUGCACAGAGACAUCGUGCAGUGGUUUUGGACUAUACAGCAGGGGACACAUUAUACAGUGAUUGUUUUCAUUUAGCCUGUAUAUGUUCUGCAGAAUCUGCAUUAAACUGUAUUUUCCAAAGUACUGAACGGAUCUGGGUGUAUUUUGGAUAUGUGGUUCACCCAGAUCCCCCGGUUCCAAGGAUAUACUUUUUAUGGGGUUAUUGCAUGUUUUGGGGUCCCUGUGUGUUUUAUGAAACUGUAUUGUUUCUGGCCAGCAGAUAAUUGAGCUUUGUGUAUUGUAGAAACUCAAUUAUCUAGCCUGGCCCAGAGGAGGAGUUUUGUGUUGCAUAAAUUGUGAGUUCUGUGUGCCAGUAAAUCAGUCUUGUUCCAGCAUUAAGCCUUGGCUCAUGUUUGGGGGAAGGGAUACCUACACUCUGGGGAUUGCUAUAAUCACUUACUCCCCAGAGGAAGCUCUUGCAAUAGCUUGAUUUGUUCCUGUUCCUGCUCUCUGGGGAAAGAGAGGUUCACCCACUGGAAGCUGGAUCCUGGCCUUGGGUCCAGGGUGGGUGGAAACAGCAGAGACCCCGGCGCAGUUGCAUCGCUGGAAGUGGGGUCUGCAGUGCUGAUGGUGUCGGUUGGAGUGCUUGGAGUCCUCAGCGAGCACUAGGAGCAUCGAUUGGCGGAGGUACUCAGUCGGAGUGCCAGCGUUCCGUCACAUUUGGUGGCAGCGGUGGGAUGGCGUCCUAGUGCGAGGACCAGCAGCUCGGAGACACCGGUAACGUGUGGAGUUACGGAUUUAUAAUUGAGGGCAACGCUAGCACUUGUGCAGCGACCCUGGCUUCAGAGGAACUCAAGGGAUAGAGCUAGCUACGGGCAGCGUCCCUAUCCACAGCAACAUGGAAGAGGAGUUUCGCUGGAGGUUGCAGCAGCACUAGGCCCAACAGGACGGGCCUGUAUCAGAGGAGUGCAUACUGGACUGGAGAGAUGUCACUCGUACGGAGAUGUGGCACGAUGGGCGGUGGGGAGAGAAGUAGCCCCAACCUGCGUCCUGAGCAACCACUCAUAUUGAGACCGGGCAAGUGGUUUUCACUGCAGAGGCCUAUGAAGAUUUAGGAUGCCCCACAAUCAUAUCCCAAUAGGGACUAUUUUUACGUUCCUUUGUGCAUGAUGAAUCUUCCAAGACACAGUUAUAUGAUGUGUGACGAAGUGCCCUUCGCCACCUGUGCCUGGAGAGGACUGCUUGCCCGCCUCUUGCCCUGUGACUAUGGCCCCUGGGAUGUAUUGCCCUUUAAAGACAUGAUUUGGGCAUAAUGGAUUUGUGUUGUGCUGCUGCUGGCCCUUUAAGAACCAUCUGGGGACAUACUGUGGAGUUACUGGGUGGCACCAUUUCCUGUAUCAGAGGCACAUGGUGAGAACAAUGGAUGGCGGCCAUUUUAACUCACAGACACUGUUUGGACUUUUCAACACGGUGCCAUCUCGCCAGUAUUUGGUGCACAGAGACAUCGUGCAGUGGUUUUGGACUAUACAGCAGGGGACACAUUAUACAGUGAUUGUUUUUCAUUUAGCCUGUAUAUGUUCUGCAGAAUCUGCAUUAAACUGUAUUUUCCAAAGUACUGAACGGAUCUGGGUGUAUUUUGGAUAUGUGGUUCACCCAGAUCCCCCGGUUCCAAGGAUAUACUUUUUAUGGGGUUAUUGCAUGUUUUGGGGUCCCUGUGUGUUUUAUGAAACUGUAUUGUUUCUGGCCAGCAGAUAAUUGAGCUUUGUGUAUUGUAGAAACUCAAUUAUCUAGCCUGGCCCAGAGGAGGAGUUUUGUGUUGCAUAAAUUGUGAGUUCUGUGUGCCAGUAAAUCAGUCUUGUUCCAGCAUUAAGCCUUGGCUCAUGUUUGGGGGAAGGGAUACCUACACUCUGGGGAUUGCUAUAAUCACUUACUCCCCAGAGGAAGCUCUUGCAAUAGCUUGAUUUGUUCCUGUUCCUGCUCUCUGGGGAAAGAGAGGUUCACCCACUGGAAGCUGGAUCCUGGCCUUGGGUCCAGGGUGGGUGGAAACAGCAGAGACCCCGGCGCAGUUGCAUCGCUGGAAGUGGGGUCUGCAGUGCUGAUGGUGUCGGUUGGAGUGCUUGGAGUCCUCAGCGAGCACUAGGAGCAUCGAUUGGCGGAGGUACUCAGUCGGAGUGCCAGCGUUCCGUCACAGUACCUGAAGCAAAAUAAUUUAACUACUAACAAGUAAGUUAUUUGCCUGUCAAUUCAUACUGUGAAAUAUGGCCCACCCUGUGUUUGUCCAGUGUUUUGAUUUCUGCGUGAACUGUGCCUUCUCUGUACUGGUUGUAUGGAGUGCAAAUAAAUACAUUCUUAAAUCCAUUAACUUCAAAACGUCCAUUCAUUGGUUUCUGCAGUUGAUCCAAAAAAUUUCUAGCCUAGCUUCAUGACUACAAUUUCCCAUCCCCCUUAUUCAUUUUACAGCCCUCUUUGCACUUUUUCUAAUGCCUCAAUUUUUAAUUAAGAAUUUUUUUUUUUUUUUAACACUGGUGCCCAAAAUUACACCGCACAUUCAAGAUAGGUUUUGCCAUGCAUUUGUAAAGCAGAAAAAUAAUAGCUUCAUCACCUGAUUUGAUAGCCUGUUUUAUGCAGUGAAUAAGAGGUUAAAAGUGUUGAGAUCUAAGUUGCCAUCUUUGCUUUAGACAGGACUCUGUGGCACGGACGCCUGGUACAAGAUCCCGGUAGAUAACAUAGCCCCGUGUCCCCUACGACAUAAUACGGCAACAGAGUGUUUUGGCUACUAUGGUCAGGAUCUCAGCCCUGGCCAGGAGGUAAGACAUCAUGAGCAUGGGAUCUACAUUGGUGCAGAGUAUAGAGUAUCUGAAAAGCCCCCCCCUCUUCCCCAGCACUGUUGGCACUGGCAUUGAAGGCAAUGAGGCAGAUGAUGGAGAGCCACAAGUAAUGAUAAUUUAGCAGGUCCAUCAUGAUUUUUACUAUAGAUUUGCUUUUUUGGGGGUUCUGCUAAUUUAGUUAUACUUGUGUAGGAUACAUUUAAACAAUCUCUCUAAAGCUCAUAGCACAGAGGGGUGAUUUAGAAUCCUAGUAAUGUGUAGAAUUAACAAGGGGAUUACAGAAUUUUAACCAGCAUAACUAAACUGGAAAAAAACAACUCUUCAAUUUUGCUAGUUUAGUUAUUUUGCAAUUACCCAGAAAUUGUUGUGUGCCCCCCCGCAGGGUGACAUUCUGCAUGUGGUGUAAGACAUCUCUGGGAUGUUUCCACAAUGGUUAGUGUGUCUUGGUAAAUCUGUCCCACAGACCUGCUCUCCUCCAUGAAUGCAUUGAUUGUGUGUGUCUCCCACAGGUUAAAAAAGGGAAUCCUGUGUCCUGUAAGAUAACAGGCAGUGAGCGGUGGGUGCUGGCUGGAGUAAUGACUGGUAACGGUAUCAUGCCAUAUGGCCCUUUCCUUUACACACGAACGUCCCAUUACACUGACUGGCUGAAAGCCUGUACCUCGAAGGAGGACGAUUCUUUCGUGCCGUCAGUUAACAUAAUUAAAGUGAUCAUCAAUGGCUCCCAAGCACGUUCCCUGUACAGAUCCUCCAAUACGAAGGCAGAGAGUAAUUCCAAUGAAUCGCCACAGUUUUAUGAUUAUUAUACACUGAAUGAAGAGCCGGACAUAAAUCCCGGACACAGAGUGCAGCCUGUCCGUGCCUUCACUUUGCUGCUGUACUGCUGGCAGACAUGGGUGCAAUAAGGUGAACAAUGUUAAAAUCAUCCAAUAAAAGGAUCUCAUGAAAUCCCAGCACUUCAAGUUAUCUCUUGUUUAUUGUAACCAACUAAUUCCUUUAAUAUUUCCCACGACAGCUUAUUCUAUCACUGGGUAAUAAACCAAUGUGAAGCAGUAAGAAGUAAAAAGAACCACAGAGACUACUUCCUGCACUGGACAGAAAGACCAUAGUGGAGACAGGCACUUAGCACACAUAUUACAGUAACCUAGGCAUCGAACAAUUUUUAUUAAAUCAAUUCUGUUCUUUGCUGAAACAUUGGGUCAGAUGGCUAUCUACCCUCUGGGGCUUCCUGGUAUUUAGCCACCUUGCCAGCUAGGGUUUCAUUUGGGCACAACUGGCUCCCUUCAGCUGCUCCCACUCUCUUCGGUAAGCCUUCAAUGAGAGCUGUAGACAACACCGACAGAUUAUAAAAUUUUACAGCAUGGUAAAAAAAAAAAAAUAAUGCAUUUUAAAUAGCAGGAAAAAAAAUGAAUUCAAAAUACAAGUGUUGCGAAAGUAACCUCGCCACUGGUUUUUGGAGGGGUCUGUUUGCCAGCCCCCUACCCUGUGACUAUGGUCCCUGUGUUAAACCGUUAAACCCUGGUAGAAAACACUAUUUGUGCUUGUCAAAACAAGACAAAUGAAGGUUGCGCCAAAGCUGGCUGUAGUCCAGCUAAUAUGAAGAAAGUCCAAAGUAAUAUUCAAACAAACGCUUUAGUGGAGCCUGAUGGGGCAUCAACAGCCUAUGGAGAGGGAUAUUCUCUGUGUGGAUCAAAUAGAGAUGGAGCUGGCAGUACCCUUUAUCUCAUUUUCUGUUGUGCAUGUACAGUGUCUAAUAUCUGCAACACUCCAUUUCCUCUCUCUGAUUACCACCUUUUAACAUUUGCUCUCAAGUACCCCCUCACCCAACAACCUCAGGCUAACACCCCUCAAUUCAGGAGGAUCCUUAAUUCUAUUGCCCUCCAGCAGCUGUCAGCUGAUAUUGAUUCACAACUGCUAUCCAUCCCUUCCCUCUCCUGUCCCUCACUGGCCAUCUCCACAUAUUACACUACCCUCACCUCUGCCUUGAAUGCUGCAGCCAUGCUCCAAACAUGCACCUCGAGGAGGACUCGCCCCCAACCGUGGCAUAAUAAAUAAACACGCUAUCUGCAAAGUUAUUCCCGUUGUGCUGAACGCUCAUGGAGGAAGUCUCACACCCAGUCAGACUUUCUCCAUUAUAGAUUCAUAGUGUGUUCAUACAGCGCAGCCCUUUCCAAACAGUCCUACUUUUCCUCUCUCAUUAGUUCAUGCUCCCGCAAUUGCAGGCGUAACUUUGACAUCUUUAACUCUCUUCUUCGCCCUGCUGUGGCCAUCCCCAAACUAACCUUACAGCCGACAGCUUUGCAUGCUACUUUACCAACAAGAUUGAACAGCUAAGGAAAGUAUUCUCCCCACCUUGCCGUUCUCUUUCUCAACCACACAUAGAUCAUGCCUUUCCUUUCCU